AUGUCGCCCACAUCCGUCGAGUUCAGGCCACUCAUAGAUGGUCCUGCAUCAGGAUGGACGGAAAAUCAGGGCGGUGCCAUUCCCCUCGAAAAGGGAGCGCAGAAGUACCAAUUCCGUGGUCUUGCAGCUAGGCGUCGCUCUCGAAAGCGAGUAUGGAUAAACCUCAUCGCCAGAUGGCUGGUUACUGUCUUAUUCGUUGCCGUCGUCUACAUCCUUCUGAUCGGAUACUCAAAGCCCGACCUCAUUACUAGAUCGGAGAAGCGGUACUUCUACGCGCUCUUUGUCGGGUUCACUCUCUCCCUCGGUAUAGUUACCGUCAGCCAGCUGAAUAACGUGGUCAACGAUGUUGAGGCGAUAAUGAAUGCAACCAGCAUGUCAACUAUUUUUCUUCUCGCUUUCAGGUCCAAGAGAAUUUCAAUUCACAUUUCGGUUUUGAUCUGGCUUCUUCUCAUUGUGGGAUCGCAGGUUGCAUACAGUGCUGUCGGUUUGACUUUUGGCGUGGAGAAGACCGAGGAUAAAGCCAUGUUAGUCAAGGGGCAAAUCCUGAUCCCCGACAUGUCCAAGUUGGAAACAGACCGAAUCGUCAAAUCAUCGGAUUCCCUGAGCGCACAACAGUAUACAGCAAAUACCUAUGGGACAAUGGCUCUCGCGUAUAGCCAGGCAACACUCGAUCAAAUCCCCAGCAAGGGCUAUCUCUGGUUCCAAGACCACCCCAUUGUCUUCUGCGACGACAACUCCCCAUCAUGCACCUACAUCUUCCAUGAGAAAAACGCCCAGCUCGCCGCCGACCCCGGGGCCAUUCCCGUCCAAUCGACCACCAACCGCAGCGUGGAAAUCACCAGCCGGUGCAACAGCUACCCUGUCACCCGCGGAGCAAAUGGCACCAUGACAAACAUCACAAUCACUGCCGAGUCCAAGGACACCGUCAUCACCCUCCCCACCACCCCCGGGUCAGACCAAUCCACCUUCAUGACAAGGUACGACCAAGAGUGCGGGCCCAACUGCCGGAUCAUGUCGGUGUUCGAGGUCUCUGCCGAUGCCUCCUGGUACUACAGCUGCACCACCUGGCAGGGUCCCGUGAAGAACGCAACUCUCCCGCAGCAUGAGAUCGCCGAGAACGUGACCUACCUUGCCACUACGGCCAUUGGCCUCCAGGGCUUCGCGAGCCCGCCAUCCGGCAACACAGAACGGGAGAUGGAUCCCAUGAAGAGCCUGCAAUACAAGGUAUAUCCGUCCGCCACCGUGCCCGGCAAGCCGGCCAACGGUUCGACCCGGGCCAUGGAAGGGUUGCUAUCGCGGUUCGCCAUCGGCGUGAUCGCCAUGGCCGCGGAGUCCAGCUCGGGCGUCACGCUGGAAGGCAGAGCGCCGCAGAUUGGGCAGAAGCUGGGCGUGGAGCACUGGAACCUGAUACACAUGACUUUCGCACUCACCGCCGGCCUGCAGUUGAUCUUGGCCAUCGGCGUGACGUUGGUCGCCGAGCGUGUGAUCGUGCCUGAUGGAGGACCGAUAAGCGAGGCUCAGAUCUUCCGAGCGAUGACGAGCGAUCGAGGAGUACAUGCCGUCGGGUCCGGCUGGAGAUACAGAUUUGAUCCUGUCGGAAGUGACGGCCUCUAUGAUUUGUACAUGGAGGAAAAGGGGGCCAAAGGCUCGCAGUCAGACAGUGAGGAGGGCCCGUCGCCAUCUAGAGUCAUGGAGGCCACUCCUUCGGAGCCACCACGAUCAAGGGGCAACACCAACAUUGGGCAUUAG